GGGUAUCCGCGGCGUCGAGCACGACGCGCUCGUCCAGCGCGACGUCGCCGACGAGCUCUACACCCGCGAGCUAACAGUACGUUCCCCAUUUCCCGACGGUCGCGGCGGACGCCCAAUUCCCCGCCCGCCGCGGCCAGGCCCUCCAAACCCUCAUCCGCGCCCGCGCCCUGGCCCGCGUCCGCCACACCCGGCUCCGGGCCCUCCGAGGCCCUACCGGAGGGAGCUUGACGAGUACGCUCGCGAGCUAGUAGCUCGGUCCUCGGACCGUGGCGGUGGCGGUCGCCCGCGCCCGUUCCCUAUAGUGCAGCGCCCAUAUCCACCGCACCCGAGGGAGGUCGCCGAGUACAUCCUUGCCCGGGAGCUGGAAGACGAUGAGCUGUUUGCGCGGGCCUUGGAGGAUGAGCUGUACGCGAGGACGGAGGUGGAUGAGUUGGAUUAGUACAAGAUAGUUGAAAAGUUGUAUACAACCGACCUUCCGCGCUCCGUGCAGAGUGGGCUUCGCGGAACGGAAAUAUUCAUUUGUUGUCAGG